AUGCAAUUAAUAAAUUACGUACAUAUACUGCUUUUUGUGACAGUAUUAGGCACUUUUUCUAAUGCUUUUCCACUUUUUAAAAAGAGGGAAAUAGUUACUCGAAUAUAUACAGCUAGUACAACAAAUACAGUCACUGAUUUUUACUCUACUACAACAAAAGUUGUGAUUGCCCCAACUGUUUAUUAUAUUGUUGAUGGUGAUACAACCUCAACCAGCACUGCUAUUCCAAGUGAUGUUGACUCAACUGCUACUCCAACAACUACCAUUAUUUUAAACCGUAAAGAUUUAGGAAAAGAAAUAGGUGGUUUUGUAACUUCGACUUUAAACCCUUCCUCCCUUAGUACAGAAACAACAGUCUCCCAAGAUGUUGCUCAGGUUAGUACAAGCACUGAUGAAAGUUUAUCCACUCAAGUCCCAUCUUUCAGAGUUACUUUGACUUUAACUCCCUCUAAUACUCCUUCGGAAGCCUCUUCUUCCUUCGAAAAUAAUAAUUCUAAAUCACCUGAGGUUACUAUUCAUCUUCAUGAAACUAUAGAAUCUAGUGGUAUUCAAGUGAUUGUAUCUACUACAACCCAACAAGGUAACGGUGAAACUCAAUUUUCCACACAUAUUACAUCUAACAAUAAUCAACAAUAUACAUUAUUACCUGCUUUUACUUCUAUUGCAACAACGACAGAUGCUGUGACUAACAACAAUAAUGCUGAUUCGACUGAUUCAGAUACGUCACAGGAAACUACUUCUACGGUUGUCACCAGUGUUGAAAUGACCACUGAAACGGCAUCUUCCCCAUCUAGAUCUAUGCUAACUUCUAUUCCAUAUGCUUUGACUUAUUCUCCAUACAAUAAUGAUGGUUCUUGUAGAAGUGCUAAUGAUGUUUACAGUGAUCUUCAGAUAAUUAAGAAUAAAGGUGUGAAUAGAGUUCGUAUCUAUGGUACUGAUUGUAACUCACUUGAAACUGUGGAGUCUGCAUGUGCUAAACUAGGUAUAACAAUCAACCAAGGUCUUUGGAUCAGUGAUGCAGGUGUAGAUUCUAUCGAUGAACCAUUGCAACAAUUGAUAGCAUACGGCCAAACUAAUGGUUGGGAUAUUUUUGACUAUAUUACUGUUGGUAAUGAAGCUAUUAACUCUGGCUUCUGUACUGUGAGCGAUUUGAUCAAUAAGAUCAAAAGUGUAAAGAGUCAACUAAGAGCAGCUGGUUACAUGGGUCAAAUCACAACUAGUGAACCUCCUGUUACAUUUGAAAGACAUCCUGAAUUAUGUACGGAGUCAGAGAUUGAUUUUGUUGGUAUUAAUCCACAUUCAUAUUUUGAUGUCUAUUGUGAUGCUGCAGGAUCUGGUGAAUUCGUUAAGGGUCAAGUUGAAAUUGUUCAAAAGUCUUGUGGUACACCUAAUGUGGUCAUUACAGAGACUGGUUAUCCAUCUCAUGGUGAUGUAAAUGGUCAAAAUGUGCCAAGUAAAGCUAAUCAAUUGAUUGCAGUACAAAGUAUAUUGGAUCUUAACAGUGAUGUUACUAUUUUAAGUUUUACUAACGAUUACUGGAAAAAUCCAGGUCCAUAUGAUAUUGAACAAUUUUUCGGUAUUAGAGAUAUCUUACCUUGA